AGUUGCCGGAGUAGGAUAGUUCCACUCCAGUGUGACGGGAUGAUUUGAGGGGGAACCCGGAACAGGUCGGAAGUGAAAGCUUAACGGCCUAGGCGAGAUCGAGAGAGCAAACGCGGCGUUCCCCUGAUCAGGCGUCUCGAUGGCAACUCGAACGGGGAAGGGCCUUCGGCAUGAUCACGUGGCUUUCUUGAGUCAAACAGUUGCUAUGCAACGGCCUCGGCGUGGCUGGAGACAGAGCUGCCACUGUUCUGGAUAUGGAAAAGACUGACACCAUUGAUUUUAGGGCUCUGGAGAAGGAGUUACAAGCUGCAGUAGCUGCUGAUGAGAAAUAUCAGAGAGAGAAUGCUGCCAAGUUCCGGGCUGUGGAACAGAAAGUGGCUUCCUAUGAAGAGUUCAGGGACAUUGUCCUUGCAUCACAUCUGAAGCCUUUGGAGCGGAAGGACAAAAUGAAUAUCAAGAAGACAGUGCCUUGGAACUCUCUUGUGACAAGUACCACUGCCCAAAAAGGCAUCACUCAAGAGGAGAGCACUGAUAUUUCCCAGAAGGGAGAUUGUCAGCCUGAGACAUCGACAGAUUUCUACAGGGCAUGGCGUCGCUGCUUGCAGAGUGGACCAGAGCGCUACCAGGCCCUGCUGCGGCUUGGGGGCCCCAGCCUGGGCCAGCUUUUCCGGGCGGAUGUGGGGUUUGGACUUCUGGGCGAGCUGCUGGUGACGCUGGCAGAAAAUUUUAAGCCAGCAGACUGUGCUGCUGUGCUGAGGAUCCUUCUUAGCCUGUCCAGGACUGGCCGUUUUGGCCUCAACUUGAACCUGCUGAGCAGUCCUGAGAGGGAGAGCUGCCAAAAAUUAUUUCAGAAACUCCAAGGUUCGGAUGUUACCAGGCCCACAGAGGAAGAACUGAGUCAUAGUGAGCAAGAGCUGCUGAGGCCAUAUGGCGGGCAUGACGGGCACGAGAAACUCCUCCAGGAGCUCGCAGAGCUGUACCAAAUUGGCUAGAAGUGUUCUCUUUCUCAGGCUACAGGGCAAACCCACCUCACCAGUGGGGGUUUGUUUUUUCCAGACAGCCCUUAAUAAUACUGGCCAUCUUGCUGUCUGAUCCCAAAGUUUUCCUCUUUACCUUGUCACUUCACAACUGUGACAAAAGAUUGGUUUCAUCCAUCCUACUUUUAAGUAGCUCUGUAUAAACCUAUAUGACUCCAAACAGCCAAAGGCUCCUAUGGGAACAUUAGAAAACCACAAAAAAUUUGGCUUCUCAUCCUUGAAACCUACUAAGAAUGGUACCCUGGCUGAAGAUUAAAAUCCUCCAUCCUAAUCCUAACCACUGAUUCAUGCAAGCAGAGUUUUAAAAUCUGUGAUUAUGUUCAUUUAUGUCUACAAGGAUUCACUCCAUGCCAAUAAAGAUAUUUUAUUGAUA